UCAUUGCUUUUUACAUUAUUAAUUACCAUGAAGGUUCUUGUUUCCUCUUACUCCUCUGUGACUUGUAAAAUUCCUCUUAUCUUUUUCUGAUUCUUUCCAUCUUCCAUAAUUUCAUCAAGACAAUUUUUUACAAGGAACCCAUGAAGUCCAAGGCUAAAGAGAUGUUUUCAUUCCCCAGAAAAAAUAGUUCUGGUGAUAUUGAUGGAGUUGACAUGAAUGUUGAAGAAUGGGAAAUUAGGCCUUGAGGAAUGUUGGUUCAAAGGAGGAAUUCAGAGUCUAAUCAAACAUCUGUUCAAGUUCCCACCAUUAAAGUUAGAGUCAAAUAUGGCUCUACAUAUCAUGAAGUUUGUAUCAAUUCUAUAGCAAGCUUUGGUGAAUUGAAGAAAAUGCUAGCAGAACAUACAGGAUUACACCACCAAGAUCAGAAGCUGAUAUACAAAAAGAAAGAGAGAGAUUCCAAACUGUAUUUAGAUGUUGCAGGAGUGAAAAACGGAUCAAAAAUGGUGUUGGUUGAAGACAUUGCAAGCCGAGAAAGGCGGUGCUUAGAGAUGAUCCAAAAUGCUAAGAUUGAAAAGGCUUCAAAAUCUUUGUCCCAAAUCAGAUUGCAAGUCGACAAACUUGCGGACCAGGUUACAGUUUUGGAAGCUAGUGCUUCUAGAGGGGAGAGAAUCACAGAUAAUUUGAUUGGAAUGCUGAUGACAGAAUUAGUUAAAUUGGAUGAAAUUGCAAUUGAGGGAGAUCUAAAGCUGCAAAAGAGAAUGCAGAAGCAUCAGGUGCAAUCAAAGCAGAGGAAUCUGACAGAGCAAAGGCCAGUGCAGCAACAACCAACGGGACAUUCGCCAUCUGUCGUGGUCACGACAAAAUGGGAAACUUUUGAUUGAAGUAUGGAGUUAAAGAAUACAGUUUGAAUUCGAUUCUCAUUGUUGUUCAUACUUCAGUUUCUUUACGCACUGGUGAUUGGAUCUAAAAGAUUUGUUUGUUCAACACUAACCAAGUAAUUGAGAUGCUGAUUUGCAACUUAUAAAUUUGUCAUUGCUGGUGGGAAAUUUGUCCUUUGCAAAUUGUAUACACAGGGUGGAAUGUA